GCGUGGUGCUGUCGGCCGUGGGUGUCGGUGUCACGGUUCCGCGUCGUGGUGCUCGUCAUUACGGUGUUGUCGCCGUCGUCGUCGUCGUCGUUGUGGUCGUUGUCGUCAUCAUCAUCGUCUUCGUCGUCUGCUACGUCGUGGCCGUCGCUGUUGUAUUUUUUUUAUCGUGCUGGUUCUUUCUGUGUUCGCGCCGCCGAUCGUUGUCGCUGUCCUCCGCCUCGCCGCCGUGGUCGCUGUCGCCGCUGUCGCCCUCGCUUAGUAGUCUCGGUACUCUUGUCUCUGACGGUUGUCGUUCACUCGGAGACUCUGUUGUGCUACUCGUGUGGUGGUACCGCGGUUGCGAGACCCCGUUGGUGCGGGCCGUGCAGCUCGCGUGGUCCAGCGAUCCAGUUACUCGCCCCGCAAAAGGCGUUGGUGGUACCUUUUGUCGGGCAGAGGGAGUUCGCGUUAGAGCAAGACCGCGAAGGAGAGAAAGAGAAGAGGGGAGCGAGCGAGAAAGAGAAGAGAGAAGAGUUAUACCGUAGGUCGGUCGGCGUAGUAAAUAUACGGGGAGUGAGAGGAACGCACACACGGCAGAGAAUAAUUUUCUCACUCUGCAAACGCCCAAUGAACAACGCUCCGGAGCCACCGAUGUGCCGCAUCGUGCGAUAACUUCCGUCACCUCUCCGACCCCCGUUUCCUCCCUCCCCCUACUCCGUACGUGUAUAUGUGUGUGUGCCGCGCCGGGCUGCGAGGUGAAAAUACCGCCCUCUCCUUCCACCCAACCCCCCGUUCGUGAGAGGAAGGUGCUACCUCGCGCGAGUAACUACGGCUAGAGAAAGAAGAAAAAAAGCCGAGUGACAGAGUGACACGGUGAGGGGAGAGAGAGACGAUCCUGUGUGACCGGGAAAGAGGAACAGUGAAAUAGCCAAGAGAGGCGAGAGGAGAGAAAGAGAGCGAGAGGCCGGCGCCCACCCGACAAAUAUCCUCGUACAGCAUGACCUCGAACAACUCGCAGAAGCUCUCCACGACGGAACGAGUGAUCAAAAAUGUGCCCUUUCCGCCGUCGCACAAAUUGACAGUGGCUGAUGUGUUCGACCCGCGAACGGAUCGGCCACGGCCGGAAGUCCUCAAGCAACACUUUAUCCUGGAAGGUAGAAUCGACGAGGCAGCGGCUCUUCGUAUAGUCAACGAUGGAGCAGCCCUUCUUCGCUCAGAGAAGACUAUGAUCGAUAUUGAAGCUCCAGUCACCGUGUGCGGUGACAUUCACGGACAGUUCUAUGACCUGAUGAAGUUGUUCGAGGUGGGCGGACCACCCUCCACGACGAAGUAUCUCUUCCUCGGCGAUUAUGUAGACAGGGGUUAUUUCAGUAUCGAGUGCGUAUUGUACCUGUGGGCACUUAAGCUGUGCCAUCCAAACACACUGUUUCUUCUCAGAGGCAACCACGAAUGCCGUCAUCUCACGGAAUACUUCACAUUUAAGCAAGAAUGUAAAAUAAAAUACUCGGAGAGGGUGUACGACGCUUGCAUGGAUGCGUUUGACUGUCUACCGCUAGCGGCCCUCAUGAACCAACAGUUCCUCUGCGUGCACGGUGGACUCUCGCCGGAAAUUCACAAUCUAGAAGACAUACGCAAAUUGGACAGGUUCAAAGAGCCGCCGGCGUACGGGCCGAUGUGCGAUCUGCUCUGGUCGGAUCCAUUGGAGGACUUCGGCAACGAGAAGAACGCCGAACAUUUCUCUCACAACAGCGUUAGGGGUUGUUCAUACUUUUACAGUUACGCGGCGUGCUGCGAUUUUCUGCAAAACAACAACCUGCUCAGCAUCAUAAGGGCGCACGAGGCUCAGGAUGCGGGCUAUCGCAUGUACCGCAAAUCUCAGACGACGGGUUUCCCGUCGUUAAUCACCAUUUUCAGCGCGCCCAACUACCUCGACGUUUACAACAACAAGGCGGCUGUACUGAAAUACGAGAACAACGUGAUGAACAUCAGGCAGUUCAAUUGUUCACCGCAUCCCUAUUGGUUGCCCAAUUUCAUGGACGUCUUCACGUGGUCUUUGCCAUUUGUAGGUGAAAAAGUCACAGAGAUGUUGGUGAACGUGUUGAGCAUCUGCUCGGAUGACGAGCUCAUGAGCGACGGAGACGACGGGCUCGAAGAAGCGUCACAAGCCCCGACAUCCGCGAAUUUAACUCGCGAAUGCUUAGUGAAGCGGAAACACAGCGACAGCGGAACGAUAUUUUCACGUGCAGCAGCCAAUCUACGCAAGGAGGUUAUCAGAAACAAGAUCAGAGCCAUUGGCAAGAUGGCGCGCGUCUUCUCCGUCCUCAGAGAGGAGAGCGAGAGUGUGUUGCAGCUGAAGGGUUUAACGCCGACUGGCGCUUUACCUCUUGGUGCGUUAUCAGGUGGAAAGACGUCCCUAAAGAACGCUCUGCAAGGUUUCUCGCCGAACCACAAAAUCACCUCGUUCGCCGAGGCGAAAGGUUUGGACGCCAUAAACGAAAGGAUGCCGCCAAGAAAGGACGCCCCGCCCACGCCGGUAAACGAGGAGAAGCCCGUGAUAAAGCCACCGGCUCCUGCGGCAGACAAGCGAGACCACAACACACCGCAACCGCAAUCGUGAGCCUCACACUCGUCCAAUCAAGGAAGAACACGGCCGGCAAAGCAUGAUGGAACGAAGACGAGGCCAGCGUUGCACGUUUUUCAGGUGGCAAGGAUGGGUGUUAAGGUCCCAGUGCUGUCGUCGCCACCGUCGAAAAAUCCAAACCAUCGCUCGUCUCUCACCCCCGGUUGUUAUCGCCAGCGUGCCGUUCGUCGAAUCAAGAAGAUGUCAUCGCAACGAGGAACGAGAGUCGCACCACGGCCAAUCACGAGAUGCGAGUGUCAGAGAUGCAGUUGGAGAAGAGGAAGCAACCCAUCAGGGAAACAACGAGCGUCGUCGUCGUCGUCGUCGCGUAUGUUGCUCGCGUCUUGGCAGCCGUUGCUGCGACAGAUGUUCCGCACGACGUUUGAGAUACUCGACGACGAGUCGUUUGGCUCCGUUCUGUUGUUCGCGGCCGAAACGUGCCGGAAUAUUCGCCUCGCGAGAAGAGUUGCGCGCCCGCCGUGCACUCGUCUCUUUUGUCCUCUUCCUCCCUGAGGACGACGACUCGUACGACCUCCUUCUGCCGCUCUACGAGCCAUGGUCGCGUUGGAUCACCACUUAAAAGUCGUCUUGUAGCGUCAGAGCGAGCAGGACGCGUACGAAGGUUCGUUCUCAGGAAGGCAGAAGUCGCGAAUGGAUCUCCGUGUGUACGCGCGUGCUCGAUCGCGAAGAACAGAGGUUAAACGAGAUUGGAAACGAGAUUGGAUGACGAGAUUGGUAGGGAGCAUCGAGUUAUAUAUAGAGUACCGAUGAUUGUAAGAUAAAUGACGCAAGGGUAGGAUAACGAAGGGUAACGAGAAUCGUAUGCGUUCGUUUGGAAGUCGGGCAAAGAAGGGACGCGCGUAGACACGGAGCAGGGGCAAAGGAGAAAGAGCAUCGCGCUAUAGGUUGGCCGAUCUUUUUUUAUCGGAGACGCUGGAUGGAAGGCGUACGGAGAAGUUGGCGUGGUAGUUGGUUGGAAAGUUGAUCUUCUCGGAAUCGAACAUGAUAAAGGAAGAUUGUCGUUCGACUUCCUGUAUGCGAGGCGAGUAACGAUCGAGGCAAGAGACGAAGGAUGGAAACCACGCUCGUGUGUGGUCUCCGGCAAAGAGAACGGUGAUCAAAGCGAAGAAACGGAAAUAAUUUAUACAUGCCGAUGAAAAUGAUUUGAAAGGAAUGAGAAUAAAAAGAAGGGAGAGGGUAAUAAGGGAAGAAUAUAAGAAAAAAUGAUUUUCUCUUUUAAAUCAUUUUUAUCGCGUAUAUACGUUGCUUCCGUUUCUUCGCUUUGCUUUCCGUUCUCUUUGGCGGAGACUGCUAGAUCGUGGUGUUCCGCUCCUCCGGCAAAGAAGCAAAAGGGGGAAAGUAAAAUAAAAGAAGAAAAAUUUUAAGGCAGCUGGCCUGUCGGUACGGCGGAGCUUCCGGUUUUAGGAUUCAUUAGAUUCUUAAGAAGUUCGCCCUGGUGGAUGCACGGGCAUCCCUCCGCGCGCGUAAAAAAAUUGGGGGCGGGGAUACUUAAAUCGUAAGUCGAGCUAAGCUUUAGGAUUAAGGCGUAAGUUAUAUCGGAGAAUUUAUUUAAUAUACGCAUAUAUAUUAUAUAUAUUAUUAAUUAAUUAAUUAAAAUUAUGAUUAUUACUAUGAAUUAUUAUUAUGAAUUAUUAUUACUAUCGUUAUUAUUACUAAUUAUUACGAUGAUCAUCGAUACUAUCGAAUACGAUACACGAUGUUAAUGAUGAUCAUAAUAAUAGUUCUCGCAACACCUAUGGAAGGGAACAUCGCACGUCGAGCGAAUCGUUUUCCGCCCACCUGCAAGCGAAACUGUUUCCUCCGCGGUAGCACACGUUGCGUUCGAACGAAUUUAACCGGUUUAUCGAACAUCGACUAAGUCCGUACGUUUCUUUAGAAUACGUUUAACCUCAUCCUGUAUUCCAGCAAAACUGACGACAGCUUCUGAUCCUCGACCAGCUAAUUCCGAUUAAUCAAAUAUUUCAUAAUUUCCAACGUAAUAUUCUCUCUAGGAUUCGAAUCGAUUCUAGUUAGGAACGAUAUAAUUAAACUUAAAUAAUCCAUUUGAACUAAUGAGAAGUGACGAAUGAAAAAUAAUUGAAAGAUAGAAGAAGCAAGAUAAAGCGAAAUGAUUGAAUUCAAGGUAAGAAUUAGCUGGUACCGAUCAUGGACCAAGGUUUUCAAGGAAUACGACCUAGAAAUCCUUCCUUUAAUCCCACAAAUUCGCAAAAACCAUUCACCCAUCCCCAGAGAAUCGUCAUCGAUGUUCUAAACAUCGAGGAUUCUCUUUAAACUAGAACGUGUGUUUCUCGUUGCCGCCAAAAAGAAAAAAAAGAAGGUGGCACGCACACUCAAACCAAGUGGAUUUUAAUCUCUGAUCACUUGUGAGAACAUCUUCCAAGUGUUUUAACUUUGUUCCCCUGACCAAUCUACCCGGAUGGGUAUUUUAAAUUCUCGUUCGACGAGAGCUCGAUUCGCCGAUUUCCAUGCGACCGUGCUAACCGCGGACAGCGAUUUCGCUUGAACGACGUCCACGAGACGGAUCCGUGCAUCGUAUUUGUUCUCCGAGGAUGAUGACCUAGAACAGAGAGAAAGAAAAGAAAUGGGUAAAAUGGCACGCUCGACGAGGCAGAGGAAUCUCUCGAGGCUUCGUGAGCCUCGACCGCGCAUGAAGGAUCUAAUAGCACAUAUUAUACAAUUAUAUCGAUAAGCCAUGACAUGUGUGCUCGUUUUGGACGUGCAAUGCGUACACCUCAACCAAUUUCCGAAGAGGCAUUUUAACGCGAAAGGAAAUUGCCGGGGACGUUCUCGAGAAGAGACGAAACAGGCGGAAAUGGGGGAGAAUGCUUGAUCGAUCCGUGCGUAGGUAUUUACAUUGUUUACGAGUUAUCGUGGUCAAGAGGGGCGGCAUGAGGGAUGAUAAAGCGAGGGAAAACGGGAAUGCAAUAACGGACAGAAUGUUCGAAGUCCUCUGAAUCGCGUGAAAAUGGUUGAAGGGAAAGCAAAGGGAAAGGCCAAGCGAACAGACAAACGCAUGACACGUCUAAUAACGUUGAUCCUCUAUGAUUUUAAUGUGUGUUCUUGCUACUAUCCGACGUAAGUCUGGGCCACAGCCACACGCUGUUCGAAACUGGUGCUGGAAGUGAAGCCUUUAAUAUCUUUGGAAGGAUGUAUCACGAAGGGGAUCGUAGGGUGGACAGAAUGGUGGGCGAAUAUCAGCGAAUUGUCUCGUAGUUACGUCGUAGCUUUUAUUUUUCUUUCUCUAUUUCUUUUUCUUAAGGGUCUGCUGGACGCGAGAGACGUUUGAGAAAUGGUGGAAUCAAAGCGUUCCAAGGUGGAUACUCGCGUGCCACAAAGUCUACCCGCGGAGAGAUCGAACCUCGGUACACGUGACUUCCCAGUGGUUAGCUCUUCCUAGCUAAACGCGAGCGUGUUGAGUUCAAGCUGACGGGUAUCAGUGCCAAACUAUAAUUCCUUUACGAUUCUUGCGGUCUCUUCGCUCGAAGAUCACCUGACCCCACUGUACGUAACUAUAGUUCGUGAGACAGAGCGUAGAUACGUAGCUAAUUUUAAUUGAUCGAUCGUUUUAUGAUUUGACCUUCGUUUUACAAUUGUACAUUGCGCGUAUCGAUCUUUCGCUUCAAGGUCGAAUGUUUUUAAGAAUCUCAAUCGCGAUGGCGCCAUCUGUGUCGGUCGAUGGAAAAACGACAGUUUCACGACGUUUCGUUUAUUCCCUCCUUUUCUUUUUUCUAAGUUAAUUGCUUCUCCUUCCUGUGCUAUUUUGUAUACUGUGAGUUGUAUACUGAGUUCUCCACGUUUUCCCGUUAUUUGUGACUCCCGAGUGCAUGGCUGGCUGGCUCCUCCUUCAUUCGUUGAAGCGUUCCCGCGCUUAUCGUCGCGUCCCCGCGACGUCAUCUCCCCCGGCCGUGGCCAGCUUCGUAAACGAUUGCAGCCACGGGGGUGCGCCACGCUCCUCGUCGUGUAAUAUUUCUAGUAAUAAAGCGGUUUCGCGAUCGAGUCGCGGGCCUUUCUCGUCGUUUUCGCUGUUUUUUCUACCUCCUCUCUCUAGAGAUCGAUGAAAAGCGGAAGAGAGGACGAGCGGGUAUCGCGACGAAAAGCAUGCCACUGUGAAGGGAGAGCUAAUGGAAAGUCACGUUAGGUGUGCAAGGGUUCGUAGCGAAAUAUUUAGGUGGAAGAAAAAUUGGGGAAAAGACAUGGUAGGAAAGAAGGUCACUUCCGGCAGCUAAAUGAUGACAGCGUGCAACAAUUACGGUCUGAAACAUAAUAAAGAUAAUGAAAGAAUAUUAUUAUAAUGAAAAUGAAUUAAAUAAAAUAUAUGUGUGUGUAUAUAUAUAUAUACAAAAAAAUAUAUUGUGUAUGUAUAUAUAAACGCAUGUACGUAUAAAUAUAUAUAUAUCUCUUCUCACUAUGGAUAAAGAUAUACAGUGAAUAAUAUAAUUCUAUCUCUCUUUGCUACCAAGUUGUACUUAUUCUUAAUUGAUUUACUUGUACAAAAGAAAUGUGUUAAAUAAUAAUGAAAUACAAUUAUAUAUAAUAUACAGCUAUAUAAAUAAUACAUAUACAUAAAUAUAAAUAUAUAUAUAUAUAUAUAAAUAUUAUACAUAUGAUAUAGCGUUAAUUAACUAUUAUUAUGAUUAUUAUUACGAUCAUUGUGAGAUACGGUUAUUCUUACUUAUUUGAUUAUUGUCAUUAUAUGAUUAUUCUUAUUAUUAUUAUCAUGACUAUUAUAUUGUAUAUCAUUAUUCCUAUUAAUUAUUACCGUUAUAUCGUUAACGACGUUAUCGAUGCUAUAUUUAAUAUUCUCACAUCGUCUCACUAUCGAAACGCAAAAGAAUAAAAAAAAUAUAUAUAUAUUACAAAGUACAUAAGAAGUGUGAAUGAGUGUUAUACGGAGUGAAGAAAAAGAAAUAAAAAAAGAAAUCAGAGCCGUUGGUAAAGUUAAUAUACAACAAAACGUGUAUAUUAUCUAUUACUGCUGUUCGAUAUUGUGAUGGUCGUUACAGCUGCGUUACGACGAGGGUGACACGAUAAUGGUGAUUCAGGACCAUGUAAUCGAGAAUCCACUUGUCCUCUGCUAUACUAAAAGCUCGACUUUAUCCGUCGCUUUCUGCUCGCACGAUAAUCGCGUUUCCCUGUUGUUUAUCCUUUUCUUUUCCAUUCUGUCUUUUUCCAUUAUACAAACAAACAGAAUUCUUAUAUUCGUGUAUAAUAAUAAAAAAAAAAAUAUAAAUUUGUUCA